UUUAAGUUAACCAUACAGUCAACCGGGCCGUUUUUUUUUCUAAGUGGAGUUAUUUUUGCAGCAGCUGGGCCAACACCUUCAGCUACAUCACACAAUUAAGCUAGCGUUAAUUGUAUCGAUUUGCUAUCAUUUGCUGCACGAGGCGCUGGUAUUAAAUGAACAUAAACCCAGACAUCGAGUCACAAAAUUCACCUAAAUCAAGUGUAAGUGCAAGUAGCGCGCAUUUAAUCCGAACAAAUUAACGCUGAAGUGCUGAAAUGUCAUUACGUGGUUAGCUUUAAUACUGCGCAAUUAACGCUAACUAGCAUAAAAUACACAACCAGUAACAGUACAGAUUCUCAAACAGGACAAAACAUUAUCACAGAGGCAACGUCAUUCAGCUAGAGGGAGGCAAGUCCAUGACACCAUGAGUCCUCCAGCUCUGCCUGUGGUCUUCUGCUGUUGUCACAGGAAAAUCUGGCUGCAUUCACCAGCAAGAGGCAAACACAUCUUGAUUUCCUACUAAUAAUUAUCUGCCUCCUCUUAAUGCUAUGGAAGGACAAGCAUAAUGAAUAGAUACACCACCAUCAGACAGCUCGGGGAUGGCACCUACGGCUCCGUCAUCCUCGGACGCAGUCUGGAGUCGGGGGAGCUUGUUGCCAUAAAGAAAAUGAAAAGGAAAUUUUACUCUUGGGAAGAAUGCAUGAACCUCCGUGAAGUUAAGUCCUUAAAGAAACUCAACCAUGCUAACGUGAUCAAACUUAAGGAGGUUAUACGGGAAAACGAUCACUUAUACUUUAUAUUUGAGUACAUGAAAGAAAAUUUAUAUCAGCUAAUGAAAGACAGGACUGGAUUGUUCCCUGAAUCUGCUGUAAGAAAUAUUAUGUUUCAAAUACUGCAGGGCCUUGCUUUCAUUCAUAAACAUGGGUUUUUUCACCGGGACAUGAAACCUGAGAAUCUUCUCUGUAUGGGCCCAGAGCUGGUGAAAAUAGCCGACUUUGGUCUAGCCAGAGAAAUCAGAUCUCGCCCACCGUACACAGAUUAUGUCUCCACUAGAUGGUACAGAGCUCCUGAGGUGCUCCUCAGAUCCACAUCCUACAGUUCACCCAUAGACCAGUGGGCAGUCGGUUGCAUCAUGGCCGAGCUUUACACCCUCAGGCCUCUUUUCCCAGGCUCCAGUGAAGUAGACACCAUAUUCAAGAUUUGCCAAGUCUUGGGGACGCCAAAGAAGAACGAUUGGCCGGAGGGAUACCAGCUAGCCUCUGCUAUGAAUUUCCGCUGGCCUCAGUGUGUCCCCAGUAACCUGAAGACACUGAUCCCUAAUGCCAGUCCUGAAGCCAUCCACCUGAUGACAGACCUGCUGCAGUGGGACCCCAAGAGGAGACCAGCUUCUGCCCAGGCUCUCAGGUACUCAUACUUUCAUGUGGGUCAGGCUUUGGGGACUCCGCAGCAGAUCCUGGAGCAGGGCCGGCCUCAGCCGAGCCUCGUCAUGCCGCUGCAGGUUCCUCUACAGCCACAGCCGACGAUGCAGCACCAACCGCUGCUGCUGAAACCAGUGCUCCCUAUGCCGCAGCCUCCUCCUCCAAAUCAACACUGCCCCCCAUCCAGACCUCUCCAGCAGAUCCAGCCCUCCCCUGUACCGCCCGCCGCCCAGGCGGCAGUGUACCAACGGCACACAGAGCUGGUACGAGAACAGCAACCGAAGAACAUGCUGAAGCAGGAGCAGAGUGAGGGUGUGCCACAGAGCCACCUCCCAUAUAUUGUUGACAAAAGCAUUCAGAGCAAGCAAUCAAGAGAGGAGACAGAGAAUUCCAACCUCCUGAGCUAUCAGCUGAAACCUAAAGGAGGGCGGAGACGCUGGGGUCACGGCACAGGACACCUAAAAAGCGAUGACUGGGACGACUAUGAAGACACUCACCUGACAUCCAUCAGUAUUCUUGGGAAGAGCAACUUCUCCACGGAGAAGACGAGGCAGCAGGAGGACACGAUGAGCAGAUACGGAAAUGCUCUGGAUUUCAGUCGACCCAAAGUAAAAGACGAUGCACCUUUGAACCUGAACAAGUCAUCAGCCUACCAAGAGCCAUCGAGAACCGCUUCAGCUAAACAGCACUACCUGAGGCAGUCCAGAUAUUUACCUGGCAUUAGCACAAAGAAGAAUGUGGCCAUAAAUGCCAGUAAAGACUUCACUGGCAGCCAUCUUUGGGGAAACAGCAGUAUUCCCUUUGGAGGGACUCUGCCAAGCAGAGGAGCUCACGGUACAAACACAAUCCCAGGUGGAUACAUGCCGUCGUUUUACAAAAAAGACCUCGGCUCUGCCGGUCACAGAGGGCAUCAGGGUCCUUCAAUGGAAUCAACAGCAUCAAAUUAUGCAACAUGGCAGUCUGGUCGGAGUCACAUGAGCACCUCUGCCAGCACAUCAAUGGUCAACAAGAGCACCUCCGGUCUGCUGCCUCGCCCUCCAGUCCAGACCAUCCACGGGCGGACAGACUGGUCUGCCAAAUACGGACACCGCUAGUGCCCUCCACGGAGCUGUGAGCCACGCUCCUCAUUACUCUUUCACCUCCAAAGAGUAGGCCUAGUUGUUUUAUAAUCAACCCUGUACAUACAUCUUACACAGCAAUAAUAUCUCAUUUUUGUUAAAUGUAUAAUGGAUGUUUGUGAGUUGUAAAAUAUCAAAGUGUAUGUGUAAAGCUAAAUGCAAUGGGCCAAAAUUUGAGCCUAGAUUUGUUCCUUUGUGUUUUUUUUAUUUUGUAUUUCUCUAUCUUAACUACUGUCUGGAUUUAAGGCAGGGUUUACAUUUCAGUAAUAUUAUCAAAUGCAAGUUAUUGCCACAUUGUGCAAUUUUUUUUUUUGCAAGUAAAAUGGCCCAAGUUAAUAUAUUCUACUCGGCCUUUGAGUGUGAUCAUUGAAUUACCAGUUAUUGAGUAUAAAUAAACUUUUAACUGGUCA